UCUUCGAUUUUGUAAACAAAUAAGCGUAAAAAUAUUAUAGUACAGAUUAUGACAAAAUGAAGUUGAAAGUGAUAGUAGUGCUUUUAACUUUUUUUAAUUUUGCUAAUAGUGCCAAAGUACACACACGACAAAAUGUCGGUGGUUUUAAAAGGGAACCGUUGAAAAUUUCUAAAAGUUUUCGUUCUCGCGGAGAAGUAAUGGAGAAUUUAUUUAUAAUUUUUGAUCCCUCAUUCUUGGCGUAUGUUUGGCCGAAAAUAAAAAACGGUGUGCAUUUGAAUAUAGAACCUUCUUGUUGGGAAGAUGUUAGUGUGUUUUUAAAAGACUUGGCCGAGGGUCGAUCCUGGGCUUACAGAGCUGCGGAUGCGUCUGGCCGAUACCAGUCUGGUCUCUUCGAAGGAAAACGAUUUUGGCUCGGUUCAAAAGAACAGUGUCUGUUGUUGGAUGAAAAACACAAAUCUAUGGAAACAAAUCGGACAUGGGGAGAGUUUUAUAGCGGCGACUACCUCAACGCUCUGUUGAGGAGGGAAAAGGAGUUUGGAGGGAAUAUCGAGGAGUGGCGCACGUUAUUGCAGCGUGACGAGCUGAUGCGUCGUGUGGUGGAAGCAGACAAUGAAGCGCCUAUAUCGGUAUCAUACACCGCUCUCCAGAUAAUGCUCAACAUCACCAAGUUCACUAUGCCUAGAUCCUAUGAAAUUACGCUCGGCCUGUGCCUCCCACGGACAUGCGUAGCAGAAGAUGUAGUUUCUAUAAUUAAUUUCUCGAUCAUGCUCAAUGACAACCUGAAGACCAAUAAAACAGUUUCAAGAACCAUUAAAAUAACAUCCCUGAGACACGUAGAGAGUUCGUAUGACAUCAAAACUGAUAUCGGAGCUGUUUCGUUAAUACUAGUAACAUUGACUCUUCUUAUGCUCUCAAUUGUAGCGACGGUGGUAGAUUUAGAUCUGGUGAAGUUAAAAUCCUAUAAAGCGACAAGUUUCGACUUGCAACAAUACAACAAUGAUGACAGAAAAUUAAAUGGAAAAAAGAAUAGCGUCCUUAAAUCUGCAACCGCAUUGGAAACUAAAAUUGAAGCGGAAACUAUAUCAAUGAAGAACUUGAAUGAGCUGAAGAGAGCGAUGAGGGAAAAGGCGAUACAUCCUUCGAUUACGCUCGACGUAAUGGCGGUGGAAGUAAAAGCGAGUUGCAAGAGAUGUGGGAAAUAUAAGAAGCAAUGCGUGAAUCCUAUGCAGAUGGAGAAUGUUCCCCCUUGUCCGAGGGUUAAAUACAAUUCCUGUGCGAGUCUCACUACUGAGUUUAAGAGGAAGAACGGUGUUUGGAAGAGCUUGCUGCUGAGUUUCUCUUUGAAACAUAGCUGGAUGAGGAUCUUCAACACGACGAUGGCGAAUAAAGAUUUAGCGAUGGUGCACGCGCUGAAGAUAGUUGCCGUGCUGUGGAUCAUCUUCGUGCAUGUUGCAGUCACUGUUAACAGUCUUGCAGAAAAUGGCGGCGAUGUCAAUGAUUAUAACAAUGUCUAUUAUAUAUUAUCGACGGGGACUCUUGCAUUCGAUACGUUGUUUUUUACCAGUGGUUUAUUCAGCGCGCAGCACUUCUUCUACUUGAAGAGUCGUUAUUCCGAAGAAUUAGUUAAGUUAGGGGGUAUCUGUGGACAGUCACUACAGCUGCUAUGUUUCAUUACCAAUAGAGCUAUCAGGUUACUGCCAACAUACAUAUAUGCAAUAUUUUUGACGUCGAUCCUUUCGCGAGUGUCCCGCGACACUGCGGUGCUGUCGUUGCCAGAACGCGACUACGACAAUUGCGACCGCUACUGGUGGAGGAACCUUCUCUACAUCACAACUCUCUACCCCAAAGAGGAACAGUGCAUGCAAGUAUCGUGGUACUUGUCAGCCGAGACUCAGAUGCAUAUGUUCGGUGCCUUGCUUUGUUUGCUAUUGGCUAAUAAGAAACGUAGAGCCGCCGCAGUGAUGACGAUCACAUUGUUACUGGGGGCUACGGCAUAUGACAUUGUCACUGCUUACUCGGAUUAUGGACAACGCGUCCCAAACGCAUUCGUGUUGUACUCCGUGAUUAUAAACCGGCCGUGGUCGCGCGCGCUGCCGUACUACGCGGGCGUGCUGGCGGGCUGGCUGCUGCACGUCGCGGACGGGCGGUGCUGCGUGUCGAACAUAACGUCAUACUGUUUCUGGGCUGCUACAGCGGUCACAGUGACCGCAUCACUGACCUUACCCUUAGUGGAUACGAGCUGGAUUACAGCCUGGGUACACCUGACCUGGCCCGUGGCAUUACUAUGGCCUGCACUCGUUUGCGCCACGAAAUAUUCUGCCUGGUCCCGGCGCGUGCUGUGCAGCGCGGGCGUGUCGGGCGCCAGUCGGCUGUGCUGGGCGGCGCUGCUGCUGCACGGCGCCGCCGCGCGCGCCGCGCUGCUCGCCGCCGACGGCGCGCUGUGCUCGCGACUCGUGUGCCUCAUUUGUUACUUCGCGGGUUCUACUAUAGUGACGCUAGUUGGCGCUCUCUGUCUCUCCUUGCUGAUAGAAAUGCCGGGUUGUUGCCUCCUUAGAAGAAUAUCAGACUACACAUACCGAUAA